UUUAACCUCGGGUCUGAGCUCAUCUGAAGGAGGUUUCCUGUCACUGCAGCACUCAGCCUCUCACCCACGGUCCUGGAGGGAUUGAAGCCAACAUGAUUCCCGACAAAGUGCCGGAGGAGGACGUCUUCCUCGGGUCGGAGGACUUGAAGAAGGAGGCUCACGUCCCCAGCUUUGAGAAAUACAAGGAGCUGUACCACGAGUCUGUGGAGAACCCAGCAGAGUUUUGGGGUUCUGUUGCCAAGGAUUUCUUCUGGAGAAACAAACACACGGGGCAGUUCUUGGACUACAACUUCGAUGUGACCAAAGGAGAAAUCUUUGUCAAGUGUAUGGAAGGAGCCACCACAAACAUCUGCUACAACCUCCUGGACCUCAACGUUCAUGAGAAGAACAUGGCUGAUAAAAUCGCCUUCUACUGGGAAGGCAAUGAACCUGGUGACGAGCUGACGGUGACGUACAGAGAGCUGCUCCACAGGGUCUGUCAGUUUGCCAAUGUCUUGAAAUCACAGGGAGUGAAAAAGGGCGAUCGAGUGUCUAUUUACAUGCCCAUGGUUGURGAGCUGGUGGUCGCCAUGCUGGCUUGUGCCCGUAUUGGAGCUGUGCACUCUGUAGUGUUUGCAGGUUUCUCUGCUGAGUCUUUGUGUGAAAGGAUCAUCGACUGUCAGUGCUCCCUGCUCAUCACAGCAGAUGGUUUCUAUCGAGGAGAUAAGCUGAUCAACCUGAAGCUCUUAUCUGAUGAAGCUCUUCAGAAAUGCAGAGACAAAGGGUUUCCAGUCAAGAAGUGUAUAAUGCUGAAGCACUUGUCUAAAGAAGCAGAGGAGACCGGGGACUCUCGUUCUCCUCCUGCCAAGCGAUCAUGUCCAGAUUUGGAGCAGAAGAAACAGACAGGCAAAGCAAAGAAAACGCGUCCUAUUCCACAGAUCCCAUGGAACCCAGAAGUGGACUUGUGUUGGCACACACUGAUCAAUGGAGCCUCAGAUGAUUGUGAGCCUGUGUGGUGUGAUUCUGAAGAUCCUCUUUUCGUUCUCUACACCAGUGGCUCGACUGGAAAACCAAAAGGAGUUCUUCACACAGUUGGUGGCUACAUGCUUUUCACUGCCACCACCUUUAAACUGGUCUUUGAUUACCAUCCUGAUGACAUCUACUGGUGCACAGCAGACAUUGGCUGGAUCACUGGACACUCCUACAUCACUUACGGGCCUCUGGCCAUGGGGGCCACUAGUGUUCUGUUUGAGGGUCUUCCCACAUAUCCAGACGUGAGCCGUAUGUGGGAAAUAGUGGACAAAUAUCACGUUACAAAGUUCUACACAGCUCCCACUGCCAUCAGACUGCUGAUGAAGUUUGGGAAUGAGCCAGUGCAAAAACUUUCCCUUUCUUUGGAGUAGUGCCAGCCAUCUUGAAUGAAUCGGGAGAGGAGCUUGAAGGGCCAAGUGAAGGCUAUCUGGUGUUUAAACAGCCAUGGCCCGGUAUGAUGAGGACGGUGUAUGGAAACCACCAGAGAUUUGAAACCACUUACUUCAAGAAGUUCCCUGGAUACUACGUAACAGGGGAUGGUUGCCGCAGAGACAAGGAUGGCUACUAUUGGAUAACAGGGAGAAUAGACGACAUGUUAAAUGUCUCAGGUCACCUGUUGAGUACAGCCGAGGUGGAGUCAGCUUUAGUGGAGCACAAGGCCGUCGCUGAAGCUGCAGUGGUGAGCAAACCACAUCCUGUCAAAGGAGAGAGCCUCUACUGCUUCGUCACAUUGAAGGAUGGACUCAUAUAUAAUCAAACACUGGAAGCAGAACUCAAAAAACAAGUGAGAGAGAAAAUUGGAGCCAUUGCUACACCGGACUUCAUCCAGAAUGCACCAGGACUGCCUAAAACCAGAUCUGGGAAAAUAAUGAGACGAGUUCUUCGUAAGAUCGCCUGCAAUGAGAAGGACCUGGGGGACAUCUCCACCCUGGCGGACUCCACCGUGGUGGAGCAGCUGUUUGAGAACAGAUGCUGCUCUGCGGUGUGAUGACCGUCACAAACAGACAGUGACACGAAGCAGCAGGAGAGACCAGGAUUCAAAACGACUUCACUGUUCCUGGUUGAAACCUCAGCAACACGGAGAUUUACGCUUUUCUGUCCGCUCACUAGGAAAUAUUUGCUACUUCAGUUGCAACUUUAAUACCUAAUUUUUAACAGCAACCUAAAUCAUCGGUCUUCAGGCUUGUAUUUUUCUUUUUCUUUGACCCAGAGGCGACAGGGUUACUGCUGCUCUGAGACAAAGUGUAGAAGACCCCCCCUGCACCGAAGCUUUGGCAGCAGGUAGAAGUGUGGACAGCUUCACCUGGUUUCUGUCAGUGACUGAGCCAAACACACACAGCAGCAGUGAAUCCUGGCUUUUUCCAUUCUUUCUCUAGUUCAAGCAUUUGAGGGAUUAUAGGGAUAMAAUUUGAGGUUGUAAAAAUGUGCUCUUUUAAACGGUGCGCAGGUAUUUAAAUUCAUGUCCUGAGUUUUGUAAAGUGUACCUGUUGUCCUGGGUUUGAACUCCUGCUCCUGGACUGAAGCUUUCAGGGACCUCCUGUGUGCUCACUUGUCCACAUGGUUCUGUUUGAGAGCAGUUUAUUCCUGUCAGAAGUGCAGACAUCAGGCUGCAGACAGGACCAGUCAGUGAAACGACACGAGGUCAGCAGUUCGUACACGUCUACAAACUGACGUGUUUCUAAUUGAGCUGUGGGAAUAACAACCUGAUCAAUCUGAUGGGGUUGAAGUCAGACACUUUGGUUCUUAUGUAAUAUGUUUGUUUUCCACACUGAAAAAAAACCCUGCUGCAACAGACACCAGCGUAGUUGUGAAUUUCUCUGCACCGUUGUGUUUAUUUGUACAACCUCACAUUUUACUUCCCAUAAUCCCCCUGGGUUUCUGUGAAUGGAUUCUGCUGCUUGUACCUGCCUCCUAGUUAAAUCCAAGCCAUAACUUUUUAAAGGUUUGUUCUUAGUCUUUAUUUCUGUUGGGUUUUUUUAUUAUUUGAGAUGAAAUUUUUCACACGAUUUGUUGGGUAUUUUUGUUGGUUUUGUAUAUAAUUUUUGUUCCACUUGUGUAGUGUCUUGUUCAGACAUCAGAAGCUUGGCUUCCUGUAAGCUUCCAAAGGUGCUCAGGUUGAAAAGGAAACAGAACAAACCAGAAUAAUGGUUUUAAAAUAUUCUUCAACAAAUGUACUUUCUUUACUCUUAAAUCAAGAAUAAUAUUCAAAUCUGUUCUGUCUGUUUUUAAAACAAAGUAAAGCCAAUCCUAACUCCA